AUGGCAGACCUGGAAAGCAGCCCAGAAAUGGCUCAUAGUAGCCCAAAGAUCGAGGAAGACCAAGUAAAAAGUGCAGCUAUACCCAAAUUACCACUACUUGGAGCCUCACUUCUCUACAUGAUUGCAAAUUAUAUGAAUACAUUUGGCAACUUGUCAAUGUAUGUCGGAUCGUAUAUGUAUACAGUUGGCAAAAAUGAGUGGCUGAGAUAUCGCAAUAUCUCUGCCGUUUUCGGUAUCAUCGUCUUGUUCCAGAGCCUGAGUGGACUCUUUGCCGCGGACUUUCAGCGAUAUUUUGGAACAAAGUUGGCUAUAAUACUGAGUAGCAGUGUCAUUGCACUCUCAUUUGUCCUUUGCGCCUUUGGACUAUACAGUUACAGUGCCUUUGUGACCUUCUACGGAGUGAUACCUUCUAUCGCCUCUGGUCUUCUUUUGCCGUUACCGCUGGAUAUAAUGCUCAAGAGACACUCGAAACACAGGGGUUUCGUUUGUGGAUUUAUAUACUUUGUCGGUGGAAUAAUCUCAAUCUGCUUAAUUCCAGUGCAGACUUACUUUGUCAAUAUAUCAGAUGAAAAGUUUGGGGAUUCUCUCAGUGCUUUAGAGACAUUUCAUAAACCAAUGGGAGUAGUUGAUAGGAUACCCAGACUCUUUAUUUGCCAAGGAAUAAUAUACUUGUUAUCAAUGCUAUUAGCAUUGAAAUUUCUGGGUAUUCGAGAGGCUACUCAGCCGAUGGAGGGUACCAACUCUGAUCUCGAAUAUGAGACCUUUAUUACAAAAAGAUUGGUGGAUCCAAAGGAGUCAAGCGAUGCAGAUACUGUGUUUGGUAGCGCAUUAUGCUAUACAUUGUGGCUUUUCCUACUCUUGUGCUGGUUAUCCUCAAUAUACAUUCAUACGUACUGGAAGGUUGCAGCUUUGAAAAAGCUGGAUAUUCCAGAUUUGACAAUAUCGAUUAUCGGAACAAUAGCAGGGUUUGCAAAUUUAUUUGGAAGAUGUAUUUGGGGUUUUAUAUUUGACAGCUUUGGAUGGAAGUUGUGCUGGACCUUUUUGCUCAUAGGUUCCUCUGCAGCUACAGCAGGCACGCAAUUUUUGUUUGAGCCAAACGUUAGAUUUUAUACAAUGUGGGUAACACUUGUCUACUUUAUUCAUUCUGGAGUAUUGACAAUUUCUCCCAUGACUGCACACAGACUUUUUGGCCCAUCGGUUUGUUUAUUUUAA